AUGUCGUCUGAUACUUCCCUCUCGAGCAUUCCGGCGUGUGCAGCCUGGGAUCCCGCCGUCAGUCCCGGUGACUAUGGCUACCGACCCAGCCUUGCUUGGGGCAUCGUUUUCACAACCCUAUUCACCCUGAUAGCUAUCGCUCAGUUGGUCCACCUGAUCCGCACUCGCGCCUUUUGGACCUUCUUCUUCAUUAUGGGCGCUGUCCUCGAGGUCCUCGGAUGGGUUGCCAGGGCUGUUAGCUACCACUGCCCAUACUCAAGGGCCUGCUUUCUAAUGCAGACCGCCACCCUGAUCAUGGGACCGUCUUGGACCCAAGCAGGCAUCUACGUGACUCUCUGGGUCCUAAUUCAACACAUGGGCCGACACGCCUCCCCACUCCCUCCACACAUCUACCUUUUCAUUUGUUUCCUCAUCGAUGUCAUCUGCCUAACCGCCCAAGCCACCGGCGGAGGCCUCGCGGGGGCCGCUUUCAGCCAAGGCACCUCCACCACACCCGGUACGCUCACCAUGGUGGUAGGCAUCAUCGCUCAGCUCGUCGCGGGAGUGAUUUUCUUCUUCCUACUCUCCAUCGUCCUCUACCGUGGUAGUACCGAGCUCCAGGCCAAUCGACCCUUAUUCCUCGUGGCCGCCGCCACGGUGUUCUCUACGUUGAUGAUGAUCAUGCGUAACGUGUACCGGUCCGUCGAGCUGACUGAGGGCUGGAGAGGGUAUUUGGCUACCCAUCAGCGGUAUGUCUUGGCGUUGGAUGCCCUGCCUAUGGUGCUGUCUAUGGGGGUGUAUGUGUUCUUUCACCCGGGGGCGCAUCUGAAGCGGAUAGAAAGCGAGGAUGAGCAGCAGGAAAUGGCCACUCGAUCGAAGACGAUGAAGCAUGCGGUGAGAGAAUACUUCAAUCUUUGA